AUGACAGUCGCCACUACUUUGGCUCGGUCGUUCUCGUCCGACAGCAACGACGUCGCCAUCCUGGUUCCCAAGACCCCCGCCCCCCUGUCGAUUUCCUACUCUCAGCUGCAUGCCCAUGUCGCCAAUUUCCAGGCCAAGCUGGCUAGCCUGGGUGUUACCCACGGCGGUGCGGUGUCACUGGCUCUCGUCAACUCUUACGAGUUCAUCGUCGCCUUCCUAGCGGCGUCAUGGCAGCGCGCCAUUGCCGCUCCGCUCAACCCCGCCUAUAAGCAGGACGAGUUUGAGUUCUACAUCGACGAUCUCAGCUCGACCCUGGUGCUGAUUCCCCAGGGGUCGUUUGUGCAGAAUGGUCCGGCCGUUCGGGCGGCGAGGAAAUACAAUGCGGCCAUCGCCGAGUGUUACUGGGAUGGCUCGGAUAUCGUUCUGGAUGUCAAGGAGCAGGGGAAGCUGGCUGGCAAUCGAGGCGUUGGGGUCCAUGAUGCGCAGCCCGAUGACGUUGCUCUUGUGUUGCAUACCAGUGGAACGACUGGCAGGCCCAAGGCCGUUCCACUCACCCAUAAGAAUCUCACUACCACGAUGAGAAACAUUCGAGAUACAUACCAACUGACCCCGCAAGAUCGCACCUACUUGGUGAUGCCGCUGUUCCACGUCCACGGUCUCUUGGCGGCCUUCUUGGCACCUCUAUACGCCGGAGGAUCGGUGGUUGUGCCGGAAAAGUUCUCCGCGUCGCACUUCUGGUCGGACUUUGUCAAGUACCAGGCCAACUGGUACUCGGCCGUGCCCACUAUCCACCAAGUCCUCCUCAAGACCCCCUUGCCCAACCCCAUCCCUCAGAUCCGCUUCAUCCGCUCAUGCUCCUCUCCGCUGUCCCCGAAGACGUUCCAGGAUCUAGAACGGACGUUCAACGCCCCGGUCCUGGAAGCGUACGCCAUGACCGAAGCCGCCCACCAGAUGACCAGCAACCCGCUUCCCCCGGGCAAGCGGCAACCCGGCAGCGUUGGGAUCGGGCAGGGUGUGGAGAUCAAGAUCCUCGACCAAGCCGGCAAAGAGGUGCCACAGGGCAGCGAGGCCGAGAUUUGCGUGCGCGGCGAAAACGUGACCAAGGGUUACCUGAACAACCCGACGGCCAACCAAUCGUCCUUCACGAAGGACGGCUUCUUCCGCACUGGUGACCAAGGGAAGCAGGAUGCAGACGGCUACGUGAUCAUCACGGGGCGUAUCAAAGAACUCAUCAACAAGGGCGGUGAGAAGAUCAGUCCUAUCGAGCUGGACAACACUCUCCUGCAUCAUCCCCAAGUGGCGGAGGCCGUGUGUUUCGCCAUUCCGGAUGAGGGGCACUACGGAGAAGAUAUCGGGGCGGCCGUGGUGCUGAAGGGUCGCGAUUCGGCGACAGAAGAGGAGCUGAAGGCUUGGGUGACUAGUAAAUUGGCCAAAUUCAAGACUCCGAAGAAGGUCUGGAUAGUAGCGCAGCUCCCGAAGACCGCCACGGGCAAGAUCCAACGACGCAAAGUAGCAGAGACGAUGUUGACGCCAAAGGCGAAACUAUAG